GUAAACAUCUUGCGACAACUUCUGAGGAAAGUAAUUCAAGUCCGGCAACUGAUGAAGAAGCAAAAGGUAAUCGAAAAACAAAUCUCACUGCCAUUCUCAUCGGAGGCUGUUCAGGCCUGGUGGUUCUCCUUAUUUACAUUGUAGGCGGUUUUAUUUUCUACAGGAAGAAACGAGCUGUAAGGAGUUCUAGAAAAACCGAAUUUAUAAGAAAUGCCAUCAGAUCGAGUCCACCACAAGACAGGAGAAGGACAUUGCCACCAACCCCACCUGGUCAUCCUCCGCUUCCUGACCGGUCAACCUCUCUGCUACAGAGACAAAUGCCUUCCGCCCCACCUGAUAUUCCAAUGCGGUCCCUGGUACCGGUAUCCGAAGACACUGUCAGAGGUUCGGGGGAGGGACUCGUGAAAAGCCGAAUGAAUGAGGAAUCGGAUAUUGAAACGGAUUAUGACUUGCUCAACCACGGAUCCCCUUGGGCAGUUCCACAUGUGUACAGGGAAACAACGAAUGGAUUGGCGGAAUAUGCACAGGUCAGUCGACCAAACACCAACAAACAGAUGACACCAUCAAGGCACCAACCACAGAAGCAAAUCUACGACAGCGACGCCGACGACUCAGAUUAUGACCUACUAAAUACAUGUCAUCUAACAGCUAGUGCAACAGUACCACACGUUUAUCGGGAGACAAACACGGGCCUGGCUGAGUAUGCUGUAGUGAGUAAACCAGGAGACGAGAAUAAAGGACAGUCGUUGGUUUCCCAUUCCAAAGCGGUAAAGAUUCCUCAUAAAGUGGAAGCCGAGUACGCAGUGGUCGACAAAUCGGAAAAAAGAAAUAACAAGAGGCGAUAAUCGAAGAAUUCUUAAGGAAGAUAUGUCAAUGUGUAAAUUUGAAAACUGGCGAAAAG